CAUUUUUGUUCCAAUUCGCUCUCGGUUUCGGUAUGAACAUUGAAAUAAGCCUUUUUCCAUUAUGAAAUGUAUUUUAAACUCGUGCUUGAGAUAAUAGCCAAAGUACUUUACGAACGUUUAUACUCAUAAAGACGAAAGCCAUAAGUGGAAUACUGAAGAAUAGUGAACAUGGGUGACGAAAAUUCACAAAAUAAGAUGACUAACAUUUGGAACCUUUUCAGUAAAACCCCCAGUCAAGCGACGAGUGCUCAGACCCAUGCCUCACAGCCGUCCACCCUCCGAGGAGCGUCCUCCCGCAGACACAGCAUAGGCUCGAGACCCAGUGAGAUCGUGUCGCACGCCCUUCACGAGGUCGUGUCAGAGCACAUCAUCGCGGGUCCACGGGGUACCUUGCUGACUCUGAGACCCUCGCGGAUGUCUGUGGACAGCAUAGGAUCCCACCACACGUUGGAACGUAUGCUACUGCGGAGACGAACUAUGGAAGGAAUCGAUUUACCUGUCGACUUAGACGACGCAAUAACUCUGACGGGACACGGCAAGUUCCAGUACAUCCUCAUGGCCUUGUGUGGUUUCAUCUACUCUUGCUGUAGUCUGAGCACGACGACACUCUCCUUCGUUUUGCCUGCGGCUCAGUACGACUUCGACCUCACCUCUUCCGACAAGGGAAUCCUGAACACCGCACCUCUCUGGGGGAUGGUGGGUGGAGCCUACAUCUGGGGCAACUUCGCCGACAGCCGAGGCCGCAAGUUCGUUCUCUUGUACUCACUUCUCAUCGACUCCAUCGCCGCCACCCUGUCCAGCCUGUGUCAGUCGUACCGUCUCUUCUUCUUCUGUAGGUUUUUCAACGGUUUCGGAAUAAUCGGAGCUACCAGCAUAGUAUUCGCGUAUCUCGGAGAAUUCAUGGACCCCACGAGAAGAGACAACUACCUUUCUCGUCUCGAGCUCUUCUGGACGUUCGGAAUCAUCGCGCUUCCCGUCAUCGGUACUGUAAUUCUUACACGGAGUUGGGCAGUAGGAUUUGAAGGCGUAUUCGUUUUUAAUUCUUGGCGACUUUUUGUUCUCACCUGCGGUAUACCCAGCUUGAUCGGCGUGAUCCUCAUUGCAGGAAUGCCGGAGAGUCCUCGAUUCCUCUUGCUGCAAGGGAAGGACGAGAAGACUAAGAAGGUACUGGUCCGCAUGUUCGCCACAAAUACCGACGAAAAGCCCUCGCGGUACCCCGUCAGUGUGUUGAAACCGAGCCCCGAAGCGGAAGCUUACUACUUCCCUGAUCUUAAAGGCGUCAGUUGUUAUGGGAGGUUAAAGCAUAUAUUUAUUGGGCUCAUCAAACAACACGAGGAUUUAUUUCAUGGCCGAUCUUUCAUAAACAUUAUCAUCACGUGUUUUAUAGACUUCGGAGUCAUGUCCGUGUACUACUCCGUUAUACUGUGGGUACCGGAACUCCUACACAGACAAGAGUUGUUUCUACAUUCUCACCCCUUCGAACCGGCCUCCCUCUGCCACGUCUCCGAAAGGAAAAUACUUUCCGAAUCGAGUGAAGAGUCCGACGAAGGAAAAGGGACUGUUGACAUUUUGACGUUUCUUCACACGUUCGUGAUCUGCUUAGCUUGUUUACCCUCCAACAUAAUGCUAUUGUAUCUGAUCAGCCACAUCAACAAGAAGAUCUUGCUCGUGGGUAUAAUGCUCUUGACGGCUGUGCCUACGUUGGGAGUGUACUUCAUGGACUCCGUAUUCCAGGUGACGGCCAUGCUCUGUCUGUUUGAAGCGACCGCGACCCUGGUGGAGACCGUACUGUUCUGCGCUAUUGUGGAAAUAUUCCCGCUCAAUACCAGAGGUACCGCUCUCUCGUUGACGGUCACAGUCGGCCGGUUAGGCGCGGUUCUGGGGAACAUCGUGUUCGGCCUCCUGAUCGACAAUCAUUGCCCUCAUAUAUUUAUCGGCAUGACUACGAUGGUAGUUUUAAGUGCUUUUGCAGCGCUUUUUCUUCCCAAAAUGAAAAGUGGGCAUUAAGGUUAGGAUGAUGCAAUAAUAUAACUUUAUUACAAUUUCCAGCUUUAAUUUUAUCGUAGAACUAGUUCAUAAAACAAAUAAUAUAACUUAAAAUAAAUUUAU